AAUAUCGGAGUGUUUCUAGUUGUUUUGAGUUGGAUGGCCUUUAAAUAUGGAGAUGGGCAGGCGCAUGUGUGUUUGAAAAUACCCAAUAAAACAUCAGGGUGCUUUCAGGAGGCGGAAUUUCAACCGGUCAGUACUGAAUUCGUACGCACUUCCUGUUUACAAGACCUGAUUUGGUCCUUGAGCAAGGCAACCAACCUCUCCGAGGCAGACUCUCGAUACUUCAAGGAGCUCUCUGAAAGAUUUCUCCAAUUUCCUUCACCCAAAACCGGUUUUCGGCAAAGAAAGGAGUACCGACAGUUGUCGAGACAGGAACGGAGCAAUUUCCACAGGGCUCUUCAAAUUUUGUAUGAAGAAGGAACAAUUCGUCUCUACGCAAAACUGAUGGCGAAUGCUAAUCCUGAGGUCAAGCUGUCACCCGAAUUUCUUGGUUUUCAGCGCGUAUUCCUGGCUUUUUUCGAGGAAGAGCUGCGGAGAGUGGACGAUACAGUGAGUUUGCCCUACUGGGAUUACACAGCCGAUUUUGAGACGGACAACCCUGUCAACUCGAUUCUCUGGACACCUGACUUGCUGGGGAACGGCAAUGGUCAGGUUGUGACAGGGGAUUUCCGACAUUGGCGAACCACUCAUGGUCCUUUGCAGAGGCGAUAUGGGGAAAGCAAUUAUGGUGUCCUUAUAAGCAGGGACGUUAUUGCCAAGAUUAUGACAAAAUGCGAUGCAGCUGAUAUUACAUACCCUAUUGGGACAGACAUUGAUGAACAGUAUGUGAUGGAGUACCACCAGAACGGAGUAUUUAACUGGGUAGGUGGCACGGUGGCGGACGCCGACACGGCAGCCUAUGACCCUGUGUUUUACCUUAUUUCUGCCUGCACCGACCACAUUUGGGAAGUAUUCCAGUACAGACAACGUGUUGCGUGCAACAAAGUACCAGCAACUGACUAUCCUAAUAAAGACGCUUUUAAAAAGAUGUUCGGAUUUUCUGAACUGAUAAAUGCACAUGGUUAUUCUGGCCACUGGACAACCGCUUGGUACAAUUAUACCAGAGCCCCGUAUUGUCCGAACUGCAAUUCUGAGUUUCUAUGGUGUGACAAGUUAAAGACUCGAUGUGUUGCUGACUCAAGACGGAAUGACUUUAACAUUGGACCAAAGCAACACCUUGACCUAAACAUUGAUACGGAAGUGGAGUACAUUCCCCGUAAGAUUGCCUUUCCGCAACUGCCAUCACCUUUUAACGACGGAAGAACAUUAGUUACUGGAAAACGAGAUGCAAAGCGGGCAUUUGAAGCUCGGUUUAUGCGAAGAAGAAACAAUCAAGUGAAACCACGCGUAGAUAAACCCAGCCAAGACGUUGGGAUCACACCAACAACUAACGAAACUACAACUGAAUCGGACUGA